AGCCCCAGGCCCGAGCCACAAGAUCUGCCGGCCGCCCGGGGCUCGGGCUGGGGAAGCGCGAUGGCGACUUGGCGGCGGGACGGCCGGCUGACGGGCAGCCAACGGCUGCUGUGCGCGGGACUGGCGGGGGCGCUCAGCCUCAGCCUCACCGCGCCGCUGGAGCUCGCCACCGUGCUGGCCCAGGUCGGCGUCGUGCGCAGCCGCGCCCGGGGGCCGUGGGGCGUGGGGCUCCGCGUCUGGCGGGCCGAGGGGCCCCGCGCCCUGUGGAAGGGAAACGCGGUAGCCUGCCUGCGCCUCUUCCCCUGCAGCGCCGUUCAACUGGCCGCCUACCGCAAGUUUGUUGUGCUGUUCACGGAUGACCUGGGACACAUCUCCCAGUGGAGGUCCAUCAUGGCUGGGAGUCUUGCGGGCAUGGUUUCCACCAUCGUGACAUAUCCUACAGACCUCAUCAAAACCCGGUUAAUUGUGCAGAACAUGCUGGAACCAUCUUACAGGGGGAUCCUCCAUGCUUUUUCUACUAUUUAUCAACAGGAAGGGUUCCUGGCCCUUUAUCGAGGGGUGUCCCUUACUAUUUUAGGUGCUCUCCCUUUCUCUGCUGGCUCCCUUCUAGUUUACAUGAACCUGGAGAAAAUCUGGAAUGGACCCCGAGAUCGGUUAUCUCUCCUCCAGAACUUUGCCAAUGUCUGCCUGGCUGCCGCAGUGACCCAGACACUCUCCUUUCCCUUCGACACGGUGAAGAGAAAGAUGCAGGCUCAGAGCCCCUACCUUCCCCACUGUGGAGGAGUAGAUGUCCAUUUCUCAGGAGCAGUGGACUGCUUCCGGCAGAUAGUGAAAGCCCAAGGGGUCCUGGGGCUCUGGAAUGGAUUGGCAGCCAACUUACUGAAGAUAGUUCCAUAUUUUGGAGUUAUGUUUGGCACCUUUGAGUUCUGCAAGAGAAUCUGUCUUUACCAAAAUGGCUACAUCGUGUCUCCUCUGAGCUAUAAAUUGACCCCAGGGGUGGAUCAGAGUUUGAAGCCCCAGGAAUUACGGGAAUUAAAGAAGUUUUUCAAAACUGGACAACUAAAGUCUAAAAAACCAACUCUUUAAAACUGAAUGGAGCUAGAAGUGCACUGACUGAAGGUGUGUUGCAAUCAGAGAGAAAUGUAGCCUCAGAAUUGUGCACGCGUGGAGUGACAAGAGGGUGCUCCUGUCUGCUGCUCUUGGAAAUGAGAAGAUUCGGCCAUACCUGAGCUCCAAACUGAUGGCCCUGUAAACACCUACGCCACCGAGGGUUUCCCAACGUGACCGUCGCAGGAUGGCAUUCCACCAGAUUUUACAACAAAACCUAGCAGUAGUGAAAUGUGCAAUCUACACUCUGAAUGUAAGUAGGCAAUUUACACAACACCAAAGAAAGGGCAUUGCCAUGACUCUUCAGAGCAACAUGUAGUUGAAGUGGCUGGGCAGAUACCACGCCGGGAGCUCCGCCACAGGCUCACAGCUUACACCAACCCACAGCAGCCUAGUUUCACCCAGAUUCACUCCAGGCUUCCUGGAGUGAAUUCCUGAUACAGUCCUGGAACUCAUAAUCUUUGCUGACUUCUGAGUGCACACACCAUGGUGUAAAUUAUGCCUUAUCAGAAACUAAAUGAAAACAUUUAACAUUUAAAAGUUACCACUGUCGAGGAGGAAAACAAGAUGGCGGAGUAGAAGGAUGUGCUCUCACUCCCUCUUACGAGAACACCAGAAUCACAAC